AGUAGAUAAUCUAAUCCAAAUCCACUAAUGAAUAAACACUGAUGUACCUGCCUUAGCAGGAAAAACAGGUUCAAAAAUUACGGUGAGCAGUGAGCACAAAGAACAAUUUGGAAAAUAUGCACUUACUAUUACUGUCACGCGCAUGAGGAAAAGCAAAUGAGUAGUCUGACAGUAACUGUCAUAAAUGCUGGCAGUAUCUCAAGCUCGAGUCCUCUACCAGACGCCUGGGAGUUCCAGGGUUCUGCGCUGUAGCUUAUCUGAGUUAGGGAUCAGGGAACCGGUGAAGGGACCCCAACACAGAUAACGGAAAACACGAGUGGGGAACCGGGUACAGAUCUUCGAUCGGAAAACUCCUUGCCUGUUUUUUGAACCGAUGGACAGCCAUGCACGGCGAGAAUUUGUCUUCUAGAAGAAGAAACGUGGACAAAAAGCCUGGCUGAAACCUCUUAUGUGAAGAAACCUUUGGGCUCAGCACCAGAAAUACACGACUUAACUGACUUUGGUAUCCAAAGUGCUUAGAUUCAUCGUACUGGUGACAUCAGGAGCUGAAGAUGCAGAAAAUAUGCGUUUCUUGUUUACCUUCCUUUUACCCUAACGUCAUCCACUUUGUGUACAUUCUGUCGCUGGUCACGUCCUGGAGCUUGGUCUUCUACUUUUGGCAAAACAGCGCUGUUUGUGAAAACCAAAGAAGCAGAGCUAUGACGACGCGACAUUCUGAUCGUUUGCUGACGCAACAUUCCGAACAUUUGCCGACGCAACAUUCUGAUCGUCCGCCGACGAAACGCGACGAUGUUCUGCCGACCAUCUUCUUCAUAACCCCCACCUACGCCCGACCGGUUCAGAAGGCAGAUCUCACCCGCCUAUCCAAUACGCUGCUUCACGUCCGCAACCUGCAUUGGAUCGUGGUGGAAGAUUCGACUCAGAAGACGUCUCUAGUUAGCCGAUUCCUCAACAAGACGGGACUGAAAUACACGCACCUCACCGCUCUGUCGCCUACGUUUAAAACAAUUACCAAAGGGACAUUACAAAGAAACGCGGGUUUGUCGUGGCUCAGGCAGACCUUUGACGUUAAAAACCAUCCGCCGGGUGUUGUCUACUUCGGAGAUGAUGACAACAGUUACAGCCUGCAAUUGUUUGAAGAGAUGCGAUGGACCAAACGCGUAUCGGUGUGGCCCGUCGCCUUCGUUGGUGGAGCUUGGUACGAAACUCCCAAAGUAAAUAAUUUGGGAAAGUUUAACGGCUGGGAUGUUAAAUACGACCCGAGUCGGAAAUUUGCCACUGACAUGGCGGGCUUUGCAAUAAACCUGGACCUCAUCCUGUCCAAGCCGAAGGCAUUUUUCAACUUAAAUAUCGCCGGCGGUUACGAGGGCACCUUGCUAAGGGAUCUAGUCACCCGCGAAGACCUGGAGCCUAAAGCGGCAAACUGCACUCAGAUAUUAGUGUGGCACACCCGCACAAGCAGUCCAAACAGCUCAGGGGAGAAAGGGAUCAAAUAUUCAGACAAGAAAUUGGAGGUGUGAGAUCGGAACUAGGGGCGGGUAGCUCACGAUACGAUUUGUGGAACAAGGCUAACGAUCUCACGAUAUGAUGACAAAACAAUAAUCGAUACAUGUGUCAGGAAAUCAUUCUAUAAAAAAGCUCAUACAGGUAGUCCCAGGGUUACGACUAGUGUUGUUAAUAACGGCGUUAGAAUAUAACGGCGUUACUAACGGCGUUAUUUUUUUCAGUAGUGGGUAAUCUAAUUAAUUACUUUUCUCAUCUUGGCAACGCCGUUACCGUUACUGAGGCGGGAUAGGCGUGCGUUACUCUGCGUUACUAUUAGAGGCGUGCAAAAUUUCCGAUUCUUAGAUUACUCGCGAUUCGGCCGUGGAAGAUUCGAGAACGAUUCACAAACAUCUAAAUUCCGAUUAUUGAAUUAUACCAGGUAAAGCGGAAAUAAAAACGCAGUCAGCGCGGUCUUCGGGACGCAAUGAGGAACGGACCGAGAGUAAGUAUCAUGUGCCAAAAAAACCAAUAAUACCUACAAACAGCGUCCAGUUGCUAGUUGCUACAUACAUACGGCAACAUACGGCUAUGGUAGAUAUCACAUAUAUAUAGACUAGAUGUGAAAUGACAGCCUUUCCCGCGCGAAUAAACAGGCGCCAUCUUAAAGCAGUAGACUUCUCUAGAAGGCUCUGUUGUAGAGAACCUAAUUACUUUUUAUCUAAAAUACCCCUAAAUCGGCAAAAUCUUGACUUGAAUCUAUCUUUAUAUGAUGAAAUAGUUAUAAAACUUUAACAAAAGUAGACAGAAGGGAAAUUAUGGAAUAACGGACGCAAUUUUAACAACUUUAACGGUUGAUUCACAACAUUAAAUUAAUUGAUUAUAGUUUAAACGUGCUGAUACAGAAUGGGGACUUGAGUAUUUUAUUUACUGUUUUUAACCGGUGUUCUGCCAAAAUAUCCUACAUCGGCGAAACGUCCUACAUUAGUCGAAUUUGACACCUAAAGUACUACCGUGCGCUCUAAACUUGUUUUGUUUAGAUGCAUACAGGAAUAAGGUACUAAAAAAAUGCCUGCAGAAAAUACUUAAAUAUAGUUAUAUCAGAUAAGGACGGUUUAAACACGCUACGUGACUAAUGUGGUCAACUGCUUCAAAGCUAACACAAAAAAACACAAUGGUUAAAAGUAUGAGAGGGUAAUACAUGCAAAAAGUAUCUUUGAGGCUGUGAAAAGGUUCUAAAUAACUAAAUAAAAACAAAAAUAUUGAGUAAUCGCCGCCUCUAACCGAUGUGCGCAUGCGUGUGAAUGCAUGCGCAAGUGCCCUGAGCAUUGUGUAGCACGUUUCGCCGCGUAGUAAGGAAUGGCCGAACACCGGUAACUUGACACUAAAAUAGUAGUUUGGUUUAUUUAGCCUGAGAGAAUUUUUGAACAAUUUUGGAACAAAUAUACAAAACAUAAAAAAAAAAAUUUUUA